AUGAGCAAAGCUAGUGGUAGUCACAACGGGCAAGUGAGGAGGAGGAGAGAGAGUGAGAGGAGAGGAGAUAGGAGGCGACGGCUGAAGCUGCAGACACACGGGCAACAGGAGGCAGACUGGCACAGCGGCUACCGGGCGAAGCCCCCGGAAUACUGGACGACAGCUGCAGCAGUGGGAGACGAAGGAGGAGGAGGAGCAAAGGGAGGAAUGAAGAAGUGCCACCCCCAUACGCGCCACCCCCUACUUGCCACCCCCAAACCCUAA